GUUAAAGCUAAAGUGUUUGAGCAUGUGUAACAGACAUGCCUGGGCUUGUGUUUUGAAAAGCAUCUCUGGAAUUUUUCCCAUCUCCUUCUCCUCCCCUUUCUGCUUCAGUCUGUAUCUCAAAGAAAUAAAUGUAUUAGCUAGCAGACAGAUUUGAGGGGACUGACAUGCAGUCAGACAGAAGAGGGACAGACAGAGGGAGGAAUAGAAACAGCUGUGAUUGUCAUGUGUUCCAAUUUCAAGUGGACAUCCAGUAGUUGAAUCAGUCUCCAAGUGGAUAGUUCAGAGUCGUGUAGAUGUAAACUCACAGUUUUCCUCCUGAGAUAUAUCUCUUCUAGCAACACAACGAACAGACCACAUAUUGCAGUGCUUCCUGUUUCAUUGAAGCUGAACAGGGAAUAUUCUAGACCAGUUGUAAGCUCAUUGACUUUCAUGACAUAGGCUAGCCUGAACUUAAUAGGGGCACUGGUUUUUAAAUGACAUUACCACAGGUGAUACUAAGACGUGUAAGGCCUGUACAUCCUUACAUGUUUAUCAGGCUGCUUCAGCGCCUCACCAACUGAACUUUGAUGUUUGAUGUUCUGUUCAUGUUUGCUAACGGUGACGCCUUUUGAAUCCGGAAACUUCCCAGUUUGUUAUGAACAUAAAUCAAUGUUUUGACUUUAAAUGAACAUCUCAAGGAUGAAGACAAACAGUCUUGACCCCUAAGCUGGCUGUGGCCAUGGAGUGAUUGUGAAGUUCCUACUCGGGCCCACCUGUCGUGUAACCAAUGGCAACUUCAGUCCAGACCCUUCCUCUGACCCGCGACCCCAAAAGGAGAUUGCUUGACACCUACUGCGAAGCGACACUGCCCACCUCCCUACUGGCCCGGUACAGUAUGGGUAGUGUAGGCAGCCUGGUGGAGCGCCCAGCCGGGUCCACUGGUAAAGGCAGCCAGGCUGUUCCCCAAGUGGGACCUAGGCAAACCAACGGAGUAUUAAAGAAAAGCUUCAACCAGAGAGAGCUGCUAAACUACCUCAACAUCACCAGGAAGGAGCCCAGAGCCGGCAGUGGCUCUGGCAGCAGCAGGAAGGACAUGUUCUCCAGCAUGCAGUCAAUUAAAAGGGAGCAAGAGGAGGAGAACAUCCACACCAAAGUCUACCAUAAAGACGGAACGGAAGUCAACAUUUCAAAAAACAUAAUGGGGGGGAAAUACGAGAAGUCUCACGUCAGGCCCUCUGCCUUUAAGCCUGUCACCCCUAAGAACUUCAGCUCCAUGCAGAAUCUCUACCCAUCCAAGAUGGAGGACUCAGAGCCUGGCCUUUCCAACGGGCUCCACCGAGCCUACGCACACACCCCUAAAGCCGUCUCCACCUCUUCCUCCUCGCCCUCGCCCUCCCGCCACGAAGGCCCCACAUCAAGCAGAACCAAGGCGGUGGUGUCGAUGCGCGGUCUAAGUCAGGACGAAGAUAACCUGUCGGACUCUGGUCAUCACUCUAUGAACAGUCUUCCUCCUUACAGACCUCCCUUCAGACCACAUCUGGCUCAAAUCAGUGCCUCCAUGGGCCACAUCAAUGCCAUUGGCUCUCUGGAUCGAGCGUCAAAGGUCGUCAGGCCAUCGGGGGUCGCCAUGGGGGACAUGGCCACGUCUUGUCGUAGCAUGGCAACUCUCAGCCGCCUGGUGCCUUACGGAGGAGAGGCUCCGCCCCCUUACGAACAGUCGUUGUCGCUCUCUGUAGAGGAGGUGGUGCGUGAUCUGGAGGAGAGGCUGGUCGAGAAGGAACAUGAGCUGAAACAGGUGAGGAGAAACCUGGACGAGAGUGAAGGAGCCAUCGCGCAGGUGUUUGAAGGUAAACAGCGUCUAUGGGAGAAGGAAGUGGAGGAGCUGAAACACCUGUAUGCCGCCAAGCUGCGGCAGGUUUCCCAGCAUGCUCAGCGUUCCCAGCGUGCAAUGCAGUUGCAGCUGAACAAAGCCCAACAGGAGAAGAACAGGCUGCAGGAGAAACUUGACGCUGUGAGGAAGGAGAAUGAGGGAGAGGAACCAGCCCUGAAGGGAACCAGCCCCACCCUGGAGGAAACACAGUGGCAGGUGUGUCAGAAGUCAGGUGAGAUCUCAUUGCUGAAGCAGCAGCUUCGGGAUUCCCAGGCCGAGGUGACCAGCAAGCUGUCAGAGCUGUUCCAACUGAAGACCCAACUCCGAGAGUGCAGAGCAGAACUGCGAAACCGUGAGGAACAGAUAAACACGCUGAAGACGGCCCUGCAGGGGUUGCAACCACGGCGACAGGGGAAAGAUGAUGCAGAGGAUUGUGGGACAUUGGGUUCUCGGGGAUCAGGAGGAGCCCCAGGGUCCACGGAAGAGCGUCUGCGAGCAGAGCUGUUGCUGGAGCGUCGUCAGAGCGAGGCCCAGGCCACAGCCUUCGAGGAGGAGAGACAGACGUGGCAGACUGAAAAGGAGAAGGUUAUCCGCUAUCAGAGGGAACUGCAGGCCAACUACCUGGACAUGUUCCACCGCAACGAACUACUGGACAGGGAACUACAGCACCUCAGAGGAGCAGGAGGAACGCUGGACAGGGAACUACAGCACCUCAGAGGAGCAGGAGGAACGCUGGACAGGGAACUACAGCACCUCAGAGGAGCAGGAGGAACGCUGGACAGGGAACUAGAGCAGUUCGGAGGAGCAGGAGGAACGCUGGACAGGGAACUACAGCACCUCGGAGGAGCAGGAGGAACGCUGGACAGGGAACUACAGCACCUCAGAGGAGCAGGAGGAACGCUGGACAGGGAACUACAGCACCUCAGAGGAGCAGGAGGAACGCUGGACAGGGAACUACAGCACCUCAGAGGAGCAGGAAGAACGCUGGACAGGGAACUAGAGCAGUUCGGAGGAGCAGGAGGAACGCUGGACAGGGAACUACAGCAGUUCGGAGGAGCAGGAGGAACACUGGACAGGGAACUACAGCAUUUCGGAGGAGCAGGAGGAACGCUGGACAGGGAAAUACAGCACCUCAGAGGAGCAGGAGGAAUGCUGGACAGGGAACUACAGCAGUUCGGAGGAGCAGGAGGAACGCUGGAAAGGGAACUGAGGGUAGGAAAAGGAGAAAGAGGAGGACAAGAGAUGGAGGACUACAGUAACAAGUCACUGAAGAGGGAAGGGCAGGAGGUGAAGCGAGGAGGGAGUGGAAGAGGAGAGGGAGAGCGAGGAGACCAGGACAGUAAACCUCCCUCUGUUCUUCCAUGGAUAGAGAGGAUAGAGUCAUCUGAGAUCUGACUGAGGAGACACUAGUAGAGAAGACACAGGAGGGUCCCAUUACAAACCAAAUCCUAUUCCUAAAAUAACUCUGCUCUCCUAUACACAUACACCCGUUUGAACGAGACUGAACAGUGUGCGAUGUUACCAGCAGUACAACGGUACACUCUCAGAGAAAGUCAUUUCCACUUCCUUCUUCCUGUUUUAGUUCACCAAUCAGUGACAGUGCCUAGAGUCGAGAACACUGUACAUUCCAUGAAGCAUGACGCUGACCAAUCAAAUUUUUGAGGACUACUCGUAUGUACCAAUACUAAUAACCUAUUUGUAAAUUGAAAACACUUUGUUCUUUGUGUAUAUAAUCAAACCAGUUCUUUUGUGUGGGUUUGCCAGUUGAACCUCAAAGACUUGGGCAACGUCAGGGUACUCAAAAGUAGGGCACUGUCAACCCUACUCUUACUGUACCUUAGUAUUUGAUGUGUCCAAAGCAUCUAGAGGGAUUUGGGGUUCUACCCAGUACACUGGUUGUUGCUGGAGCUUUCAGGCAUCUUUUAAAAUAUCUGUGGUGCAUGCAGUAGGACGUUCAGUGUCCUCUUCAGCCAGGGAGCUUCCAGGGUACUGGGCUCAGACGGGAUAGGGUGUACCACUGAUUUAAGUAGGAUUACUAGACCAUCCGAGGCUACAACAUUGAUGCUAUUAAGAUCAUUAACGGGGAAUUUUAGUGUUGAUUCUAUCUGUGGAGCUGCUGUACUGGAGAAUGCAUUCAAUUGAGGCAUGUAUAUAAUGACAAACAGUGGUAGGGCUUGAAAUGGAGCCAUUAGGUUGCAUUUAUACAAAGAACAUUCUGGUUCUUUUGACCAAUUAGAUGCCAAUUUCUAGUAAAACACAUCAGAAUUGUGCUCCCUGCCCAAACACCGCCUCGUUGAUGACAAUGUUUGGGUAAAAGCACCCGUCAAAGAGGAAAUCCUUUAUGGUGAAACUGCCAAGUUCGCUUGGGAUAUUACAAGUUACUGAAAACAAACGGAACGCUGUUUUUGCCUCUGAUAUUAUUGCACACACAGCAGUUUUAUUUUUCCUUAAACAAAAAUUAUACCAAGCCGCUUUGUGCAACUUAUUUUUGAACAUGGAACUAAAUCAUUCACAGAGACCUGGGGCAGACUGUGGUGCUGUUUCCCUUAACACAUAUUCCAUCUUUAACUACACAGUACUUAGAAGAUUACUGUAUGGAGGAUGUUUUAUGGAAAGAAAAGUUUUCUGAAGAUAUAUUUAUUUUUUUGAUUGAAUUUUUUUCUCUUCCAAUAUCAGUAUCCAAUAUUAUAAUCUGUAUAUAGUUGUUAUUUGGAGAUAUUAUUGUAGUUCAUAAGCAUGUACUGUCUGAGUAAAGUAAACUUUGAAUGAAUGGCCAACAAAAUCUUAAUUAUCUGGUCAUUUCCCUGCAUCAGAUUAUACUGAAAAUACAAAGUCCUUCCUGGCCAGCCUGUAUCAUUAAGACAAGUUCUGCACUAUACUCAUACCACUGGAAUGAAAUGUAUAUACAUAUUAUAUACCAUUAUGUUGGUUCUGAAUUUGUAUAAUAAAUAUUUACAAGUACUGUA